AUGUCAGAGGAGAAACCAAAGGUAAGAAAGAAAGCUUUGAUAGUGUAUAGUUUGAUAGCGGAGACUCAGUCGAACCAUUUCUCAGAUAUGCAGUCUAAAAAGGCCUGGUUUGCACGUUUCUCUGAAUCGGCGCAGUGUUUGUUUCGCAAAUGAAUGAGAACCCGCACAUCCAUUUCCACAAUUUAAAGCAUUUACCCUACACAUUUUGAUCAAAUCUGUUUGUAUCGUGACUAUUUAACUUCUGCCUGACAGGUGGGAGUGUAAACGCCUGUUUUGACACGAUUGUUAUUUGCGGAUUUUUUGUCUUUGUCGGAACUGGACCACGUUAUGUCCGCAACAGCGAAAAUGCCGCUACUGCAGCAGCGACAAAAAAGCGCUCCUGGACGUGACGCACCCGAUAAAACCUGUUUUUUAGUAGCUUUGCUCCAUGUAUUUUCAUUGUGAUGUGACUUAUGAAGCUUAGCACAACAUAAAAAACUGCUAGCAGCGUUAGCCGGGAGCCAAACUCAGCAUUGGUGUCACCAGUUAGCCUGGAGCUAAACAUGCUAAUGUUAGCAGACCUGACUGCUCUGGAUUGAUGGUCUCCUUUAAGCUUUAUUUAUUGGAUUUUAAAAAAUAUAUAUUGACGCUAAUGUUUUCACCAUGCUUUCUGUUAAAGUUUCAGCUGUCUGUGAACUUACCUCAGUAUUACUCUGGAGUCAGCUGUGCCCCCCAUAUGUAGAGCAAAGUUACUUUUGAGUGCCUGUGUGUACAUUUUGACCUGAUACUAUAUCUCUUCAGGAGGGAGUCAAGACUGAGAACGACCACAUCAACCUCAAGGUCGCAGGGCAGGAUGGUUCGGUGGUCCAGUUUAAAAUCAAAAGGCACACACCCCUCAGCAAACUAAUGAAGGCAUACUGUGAACGACAGGUGAGCUAGAAGCCUCAAUUACUACUUUCAAAUUACAGCCCUUCACUAACAUAGGAUUACAUGGGAUUUGAUGUUAAUGUCUUUUUCGAUUUACCCAGUGUUUACUCACUUUAACUGCAUAUUUUGCAUCUUAAAUAUAAAUCAAUCACUUCAUUUAUAAAACACUUUUCAUACAUGAACUUGUAUCACGAAGUGCUGUACACAAGAAGGAGAAGGGAAUACAAAACAAAAUACAAACUGCAAAACCCCACACACCCACCCCCACACACAGACACACACACAGGCACAGACACAUACACUUACUCUCACAAUCACCAGGAUGCCAAAUUAAGGCCUAAGGAAGCCACAGAGGAUCAACGAAAAGCCAUCUUAAACUAAAUUGGAGAAACACAGGAGCUGAAGCUAAACUAUAAAACCAUGACAAGAUAUAAAAAGUAAAAUGAAAUAAAACAAUAAUAAUGAUAAUAAUAAAAUAUGAUGUAAUAAAACUGUUUUAAAAUUAAACAAUAAAUGAAAAUAAACAAAUAGUGUUAAAAUAUAAGAUGAUAAUUCUCAGACUAAAGUGGAGUAAAAUACGUAAGAUGAAAAGAGUAGACUAAAAGAGAGGCUAGAAGAAUAAAACAAAAAUCAGCCAAAAGCCAGACUAAAAGGGAAGGUCUUGAGUUUGCCUUUAAAAAUAUGGACUGGGGCCAUGAUAAUAAAAUGAUGCCUCACUGUCAAUUUGUUUCUAACUUUGGGGACUCUUAAAAGACCACGACCUAAAGACCUGAGGGCUCUACUGGGCUCAUAUCGUAAAAGCAAAUCAGAUAAAUAAGAAGAACCAAGACCAUUAAGACAUUUAUAAACUAAUAAAAGAACCUUAAAAUCUAUUCUAAAAGAUACAGGAAGCCAAUGCAGAGACUUUAAAAUUGCUGUAAUGUGGGCUCUCCUCCUGGUCUUCAUCAGCACCUUGACUCUAUUGUAUCACCUCUGCAGGGUCUUGCAAUAAGGCAGAUCAGGUUCAGGUUUGAUGGCCAGCCUAUCAAUGAGACGGAUACACCUGCACAGGUAAGAUCAUCUAUACCCGCCGUUGCAUUCACUUGAAUACUCAUUUUUUUCAUUAUAUUGGUAAAUAAUGAAAACAAGUGUAAAAAGUAUCAAUUAUUGAUUCUCAUCUGAGCGUGUGUAUUCUGCCUAGCUGGAGAUGGAGGAUGAAGACACCAUAGACGUAUUCCAGCAGCAGACAGGCGGGCACUGCUAGGCCCUCCCCACCUCAUUGAUGGCCACCCUCAGACCGCGCCCACUACCACCUUCACUGUCCCGCCCCUCCCCAUCAAUCCUCUUCAGCUUAUUAUUAUUAUUAUUAUUAUUGUAAUUAUUAUUAUUAUUAUUUCUCCCUUUAAAGAUGUCUGUCAUUCGUCGUGUGUGGGGGGUGGGGGACAGGGUGGGAGGGUCUUCUCAGCUGUUUAUAUACUGUCUCAGCAAGGACUGAACUUUUGUGAGCUUCUACAGUCUCUGCUGGCCGAUCAGGACACCUUUUUUUUUUUUUUUCCUUCAGCCGCCACAGGAACAGGAUUGGACCAUCAUCAUUACACAGCCGUUCCUGGUUUGUCAGCGCUUCUCAUUCACUUUCCAGUGAAAGUUUAGUAUCCAGUAGUUUGUCACGGUUUUUCCAUCCUUCAGGGUCGAAUGCUGGGCUUUGCAAGAUUUUGUCCAGGGGUUCACAGUUUGCAAGAAAUGUUUUGAGAUGGAAGCACUUUCUGAACUUAAUAUACACCCGCCUUCCAUUUCACCUCGCUUUCUUGAGUGUCUCAUUUUUGUCUGAGCAGUUUGCUCCUCUGUUGAAAUGUAUUUUAAUUCUCUCUGCAUUCUAGGUGCUUUUGCUAAAGAGUUCUGCAAUGUUUUUGUAUUUUUUUGAUUCUUCUCUUUUAAGAAUUAACAUCCAGGGGGCUUUGUUUUCCUGUACAGAAGUAUCAGAGCGGAUGUAAGAUAAAUGUUGUGGGGCUUGGACCAAAACUCCAAAGACAGAACUUCUGUUUCCUAUUUCAUGAUGGUUCAUUUUAAAAGCAAACCGGUCAGGUCACAUUUUAAGGGAGUUUGUAUUUCAUUAAGAUUUUGCUUCCUUUUUGAUGUCAUAUUGAUACAAGUUCAUUGUGGGUAUCCGGUGCAUACUGUUAUACACUCAUCCAGACAAAGCCUGCUUUUGGGAGGGAAUUGUAUCUCACAUUAUUCGGCUGCAUCCUUUUUUUAUGUAGUUGCUUUAAAUCUUACUUUGGAAAAGAUAAAAAUCAGCUGUUCUCCCCCUUAUUUUCCAGCAAAGCAGGACAGUGCCUGAUCUCUGGUACUAAAACAAGCUGCUAUGCUUGCACAUUUGUCAUCUCGGAGGGGAGAUUACUGUCCGGUCCGCAAGUUCGUAUGAUGGAAGGGUGGUCCUUGAUUCUGUUAUGGGGUCAGAUGUUUCAUCUUUGUAUCACGUAGGCUGGCAGCACAGCUGAUUCUUGACGUGCUUCAAAGAGGAAUAGCUUCCAGUUCGAGCGAGGGUUUUAAAUGACACUUCUCACUGCUGUAUAUCAACCGUCAGGCUCUCUCCUUAUGAGUAAAAAGCUGCAGGCCAUUUGUUUGAAAACUGGAGAUCUCCAAAGUGUUCACCAGUCUCCAACAUUUUACAAUUUUAGAGAAGGAUGCAUGCAGUUUGAUGCAUAUCGGGAGGGCAGGGAGGCCAACCAGUGGAGUUUGGGAGCUAAGUAUUCUGUACCCACAGGACCCCGUUCUUCGUGUGUUUUGUCACCAAAUUGGUUUAAUUUGAUUGUUGUUGGUUCGGAUUUGCCAUGUUAGUCAGGAUUAAAAUAUAUCUGCCGUGCUUUCCAUCGAAGCCCGCAAAAGUGCAAGCUUGCCAAGCACAGUGAAGUUACAUUUUUAAUGUAGUUUUAUCCAAACAACACCGGUGUUGUUAAAAUAGAAUAGGCUAAAGUGAAGUUCUCAUGCAUGUUAAAGGUGAACAAAAUCAAAAUGUGGAAAAAUUGGUGCAGUAGAAACCUCUGUUGUUUGGAAAUUUGCAAAUUCGGUGUCAAUCCUUGCAUUAUGAGGUAGUAAAAAAAUGUUAUAUGAGCUGCAUUUGUAAUUCAAUGGAUUUCACUCAAAUUAUCAUGUAUCAUGUAGUUUCCUUCUCAAAUCAGACAGUUUCUUUUUAGAUAGCAAUUAAGUUCUGGUCUUCAUCCUUUACAGCUGUAUUUUCUUUACUUUCUCCACGCUACUAAACAUCUCUCCACAACUUUGCAUGUUAAAAGCUUCAAUGUCCCACCAGUGACUUCAGUAAGCUUUCAUCCUCCCCAGAGUCCUCUUUCCUGGUUACAAAAUAAGAGCACAGCUAUUGAGACAGCCUUCCACUUACAUUUGAGGAACUGGGUUGGCAAAUAUACAAAUGUAACAUUUUAAUGUGCGAAGAACGGGGUCCAGGUCUGUCAUGUUAUUUGUUUCUCUACUGAUUUGUACAUUGUUUGUGGUCUUUUACUACUGUAUACAAUAAAUAUAGUUUGGUACUCAGAUUUGCUCUUGUGUGCGUCAUUGUGUUGUUUUAGUUUCUGGUUGAUUUGAGUGGCAAAGAAUCAUUAGGAAUAUUAUUUGGAUGUGAGGAAAGGUGAAAUAAAUGUAUGUAGCUUACUCAUGGCCCAGGCACCUGGAAAAAAAGAUGAGCUUUUGGACGAACUUUGUUUUCUGUCAUACUUUAAAUCAAACUUUGGUGAUGGAUUCCCAACAGCAUUAAAGGCAACACCGAAUUUCCCCGCUGUGCCGUGCACCCUGGUACCUUCUGUUAAAAUAUGUGCAGGUGCUUUUAGACAGUGUGCUGCAUAAAGAAAAGUGAUUGCUAGGUGGUGCUAGUGAGCUAUGUUUCUGCACAAUCCAGUUUUAUGUCACAAAAAUCUAUUUUUAAGUCUUUAUCCAGCAUGUGGUGUGGCGCUAAACAAUCUGAUAAAACUCAACAAAAUGAGACUUCUCAAAGUAAAAAAAAAUCAAAGAAACUCCAUUUCUUUAUGUACCUAAAACACCAAGACUUCACCUUUAAGAUAUCUAAACUGCACAUGGUAGUUAGAUAAAUCAACCACAAACAUAAAACUAGGUCUGAUACUUCAAAGGGUGUAUCUAUUUCCACACUGACUUUUAUCAUGAGGCCACAUUUAGAAGCUCAAAUCUAAUCUGAUAUGCUGCCUGUAUGGAUACAGCCUGCUACUGUAACUAUGAUAAAACUGAUGGAAGCAGUUGAUGAAUCCAACCAGGAAUAAGGAAAACUAUAGGCAUGAGUGCACAAUCUGCUUUUCUGCUUCCAGCUGGUCCCACCUCAAGCGCAACAUCCACUCUACCGACCGAGCCUGGAAGGAAGUGGAAGUAAGAGACACAUAUCUCAUAUCCUCAUCUAUGUGCAGUCUAUGAUCUUAAUUUGAACAAGGACAAGACAGACAAAGCCCAUUUGCUUUGUAAAUGUAGUGGUCAGUGGGUGAGAGGAUUCAGAGAGAUCAGACACAAGCAGAGAUAGCAAUGUGUAUAUUUCAUGGAUACCCGGUAACCACCACAUUGGUGGAAUCAACUUUUCGACUGCCACCGAUAACCAAAAACUUCUCUAGAGAUUUGAAAGUCAAAUUAUCAAAUUCAAACAGAGUAAACUAAAUUCAAUCCAAGUCUUACUUAAAAAUCCCCCUUAAAUACCAUAUUAAUUCUUUGUCAUUACAGUGUCAGAGUAUAAUUUAAUUCCCAGAGACUUCGUUUUGUUGCCAACAAGAAAUAAUCCAGGUUUGAGACUUUAAUCUCACAGCUGGAUUCAUGUACAUACCUCAUUUUGUCAGGUAAUAAAGUACAGGAUAAGAGCUAAUAAGAUAAUAACUCAGCUUUUAGCUCAGUAUUCAACCCCAGAUCACAGAUGUCUACUGUUGUUUCCAGUUUUUCAUUAAAAUAAAACAACUUCCUCUGCUCUGACCCCUUUCAAGAUGAGAUAUUUUGGAGGACCUUGACAGAGGUUUUUUUUUCCUACCUGUCUACCUGUCUGCUUCUCUGUCAGUGAGUCACACAUACACAAACUCAUUGGAGUAGCAGCUAACCCCCGAGGCAGCUCUGUGUGAUCAGAGGCAGUGGAGGGAGGGUGACUGACAGGCUGCUCAGUGAUUUGCAUGGCUGUGGUGUUUAAAAGGAGCUGCAGGUGCAGGAUUCUCCAAACCGAUGAAUGGGCUCCUCUCUAAACACAGAUGCUCGGGGACUGUCUGCUGCUACUAACCCAGAGCGAGUGGAGUUUACGUAGCUAGGGUGCUGCUUUGAUAUUUUUCUAAUAAUUGGAAGAAAUGCAACAUGCUCUCUUGUUUUAGAAAUUGAAAAAAAUACAGUAGUAUUGUGUGAGUUGGGAGCAGUGCAAAGAGAUUUACUUUCAUUAUGGAGCCAUUUUUACCUGCUGGAAACUGAUCUAAACCGGAUUUCUGUGAUGCCAUCGCUCAUUUUGGCCCUAUUCUUCCUCCGGGGGUUAAAGGUCAUUGCCACCGGCACGGACACAUGGAGACACUGUGCAGGUAUUGUACAAUAUGAUCCUUUUGAAUUCCCCUCAACCUCAGCUUUUACUGUGUGUUUCUUCAUCUCUAUGGAGCACAUGUGUCAGUUAAUGAUUAUUCUGUGAAUGGUUUAUGGUGUCAUCUGAAAUCCUGGGAAACCCCUCCAGCUAAAAUUCUUUUGGAUAAUUCCAACUGUCUGUGUCUGCUUACAGCGCAGUGGGAGUGUUUGUUCGCAGCACUAUUGCGUGCAAUAUUAACUUAAAUUAACUUCCACAAACAAGUACAGACACUGGAUGUGGUUCAAAUUCCACAACAAUUCUAUACACAUCAGAAUAUCAGGGUGAACAGGGUGCAUGUUAAUCUGAUGUCUCAUCUUUUUUAGGUGGAAGAUAUUGUAUUAUAUAAUUUCUUUUCCAAAACAGUGUGGAUCUUUAUAACAACCCCGCCUUCAAACUCCUAUAGCUGCAACUCCACCCAGGGCCUUUUUCUCACACAGCAGGGGAGGAUCUCAAGCAUGCUAUGACAUUCAGUGGUUUAUUUGUUUAUAGCUGCUGUUGCCAACCAUAAAAACUCAGGUCUCUUUGAAACCAAACUAUACCUACUGCAUUAAAUGAAAUACUGUAAAUUAACCUCUGAGCAGCGGCAGUCGAAGUGUUUGGGUCCCUUGAGAGAAAGUUCUCAUGGGUACUCAAAGAUGGGUAUUAUGCUUCAUUUUUGGCUUUAUAUUUUAUGUCUGACAUCUCUGUUGCAGCUUUACAUCAUGAUCUACAUAUCUUAACAUACUGUAUUUCAGGCUGCUGUCUUUAAUAACCUUCAUUUCAGCCUCUGUCUAAGUCGCUUCAUUUGUCUCUUUAAACUCAACUCAACUCAACUCAACUUUAUUUGUAGAGCACUUUAAAACAACCACAGCUGUACAAAGUGCUGUACAUAACUAGGCAAAACAACAAGAUAAAAAACAAUCAAGAAACAAUUAAAACAAUGGAUAAAAUAAAAGCAGAAUUAAUAAUAAAAUAUAGCUUCAAUGUUUUUAAAAACUAAUUUAAAAACAUAGAAACAAAUAACAGUUAAUAACAAAUAACUAAUUUGGAGGGGUAGCUCGUUCCAUAAAAUUGGGGCAGCAACAGAAAAAGAUCUAUCCCCUCUGAGCUUCCGUUUGGACCUCGGUACCUCCAGGAGCAGCUGAUCAGCCGACCUGAGGCACCGAGCUGGGGUGUAGGGGUGGACCCCCAGUACUCUAGAAACCAGCAUUCUGGGAGCCUUCUUCACUGUUGCCAUGCAAGAAAGUGAAGUGGAUGAUUUUUUUAUAUGUUGUGUACUUAAGGUAAUCAAUCUGAUGUAGUUAUUCCACCAUCAACUGCCUUCAACAGCCAUAAGUGCACACAAAAUAAUGUUCAUGUGAACUACAGGAAAGUGAGUGGCAUGCGCAAGAUGUAAAAUGAGAACCUUUGUAGGAUGUAAGGCGGUCUGUAUAUUUUAAUUUACUAGAGAGUAUCCUACUGAAUAACCUGCUGUAGAUGUUUGUUUUGAAAAAUAUUGAAUUGGCGUAAAAAGCACAAUAUCUGACAGUGAAAGUAUAGAGUAUUAAAUUAAAGGACAAGAACUCUGAAAUUGUGCAUCAGUCUUUUUAAAUGUGCCUGUAGCUACAUCCAUGGGGACUGAUUCAAGUCCCAAUAUGGACCCAGAGCUUGGGAUGGAUUCUACAGGUCAGUCCACUUUCUUGGCGAUGGUAAUGUGAACUCUCCACUCCAGGAUUUAUAAACCAUGUCUUCUUCAUCUGCUCCCAGAGAAGACAAUCAAUGUGUUCUAUAUGUGUAGUGGAUAAUCUUUUAACUAGAUUUCUCUCGGGGGUUCAAACCUCACAGUAGAAGUAGUCAAACAGUCAUCCUGUCAUCUGUAUCACCUGCAGAUUUGCUCCCUCUCGAUCUUCUCUCUUUCGUCUUGGAGAGGGAUCCCUCCAAACUGGUACCUGGAGUGCACCUGAAGCAGGCUGGAGGGGUGAGGGGAGUUCAUUUCUCAAGCCCUCACCCGUCAAUGAGCUUCCUCUCCUCUCAGCUGCUGGUGGACUGUGACCUCUUCCCCAGAGAGUUCUCCUUCGUCGUGACACUAAAAGUCUCUCGUGUUGCAAACAAGGUGAGCAUCUAUAUUUAUCAGGCACACCUGACUGGUGGAGGAAAUACUUUGAGCCUUUGCUGACAAGAAAAUGUCCAAUAAAACAGUUAAAAAAACACAGUUUGAGGCAAAAACCCUGUAAUUAUUUAUUACAUUUAAUACAGAAACAGUUUGGAAUAAAAGUUGUCAUUAUGUUGCAGAUUAAUCAUAUAGUUUACUGACUGUACUCUCUGACUGUACCAUGUUACAGCUCUUGAAGGCUUGUUCUUUGUUGCUGCCAAACACAGCUUAUCUGAGUGUUUUCCUGUUUGCUCUUCAGAGAAAUGAAUACAUCUUUUCCUUAAUGGAAUCAAAACGAGCCAAAAUGAAAAUGAUCGAAAACGGGAGAGAAAACUUUUCUGAGAGGGAUACCGAGAGUGAGCAACAUGGACCGCAUGAGAAGAAGAGAAACGAGGAAGCUGGACGGAUCAUCUUAGGACUGAGGUUCUCCAGGAAACGUCUUCACUUUGUUUACAAAGGUCACGGAGGGGUCACAGAGCACUUGGAGUUUGAAGGAGCUCAGCUGGCUGAUAACCAGUGGCACACUUUGGUUUUCGUCGUUAGCAGCCAUCAUGUCAGACUCACUGUGGACUGUAACUCACCUUUAGAAAUGUAAGUGCAUACAUUUCUUUUCCUUUUUAUGUUCUCUCUGUGUUCACCGGGUGGAAACUCACCAUCUGCCUCCUUCAAUCCUCUCUUCCUGUUCCCUUUGAGUCCCCUUGAGGGAUAGUAGAACCGUCACCACAAUACAAUGGCACUGCUCCAAAUUUGCUUGCACCUUGCAGCUAUAUUAGAGUGUCCUGACAGUGUGUGAUAGAUGGUUUUUAGUGGAAACUCCCUCUGGCACAUUGAAGGGAGGAAUACCAGCUCUUGGUAACACGAUUCAUACCUCAGUCCUACGAACAGGAGCACAGAGGAGACUACUUUAAUUACAGACUCUUUAAGUUCAUUUAAAGAUGGAAAAUCACCCAUCUCUGCUAUUAGAAAUAAUUAUAUCUUUUUUAUUGCAAACAGUGUUCCCUCAAGGCCUCUGCCCUCAGACCUCAACAUUCAGGGAGCCAGAUUCCACAUUGGCAGUCGGGGAAGAUGGAAAGGCUUGUAUUCAGUAAGAUUUAUAUUUUCUCAUCACUUUCUUUCAUUGAGAGAAACACAGAGAUUUGUCUUUAAAAGUUCCACAUUUUCCUCCCUGUGUUCAGGGUCUUUUGAGACAGUUGGUUUUGGUGCCUGGUUCAGAUGCCACACAUUACGUCUGCCCCUCCUCUGAUCCUCAACUAGCAGCUCUGUCGGUGCCACCUCUCCUCUCAGACCUUCCUCUAAAAGGGAGAGAAGGUGACAACCAUGUGACCCCUUAUGGUAACUUAAGAACUUAAUCUUAAUACACUUUAAUGCAAGACUAUGUUUUCUGCUUCCUUGUAUCUUUAAUUGUCUCUGCGUUGUGAUCAGAAACGGAGGAGCGAGUGUCAGUGGGGUUGCAGCGAUUGUGCUCGGAGCAACUACAAGGCCAGCUGUGGUUCAAUCCACUCAAGAAAGGCCUCUACCUCUGUGACGGGACAACGUGGGUCGCAGUGCUAGAAGGUGAGAUUUUGACACUGAAUCAUCUGCUUUAAUCACGAGUAAAUAUUUGAAAUUGAUAAAAAGCUUAUUUUCCUGCUCAGAUCAUAAACGACUGGACUAUGUGUUGGAGCACCAGGUCCUCACCACCAGCUCAGAGACACACGACGUUGAGGUAUUUCUUCACAUUGUUUGUGCUCUCCUCGGAGGUAACGCAGGUCAUAUAAGGAGAAUUAAUGACAUGUAAAAGACUUUCUCCAACAUGCUUUCUGCCAGAGGUUGCUCUGAUCAAACUGACUGAUGUGCGGGAGUUCAUUUUCAUGUGAAGUUCGGUUUUAAUUAGUUAUUUGAUGCUGAAAAAGAAAGGAUGUGGUGUCAUGAUUGACAGCACUGAGGAAUGCGGCAUUCUUCACGGGAUUAGCAAAGUAGAGAAGAAAAAAACAUGGCAGACACUGACACAGGAAAUUAGAAUUUAAAUAACUAUGUGUGCUUGUUGAUGAAUCUGUGGGACUGGGAACAGCAUUGACAUGAGGGAUCACUGACAUUUCAGUCACUGUGGAAAGAGAGUGGAUUCCUUAUUCCAGAUCCAUGCUGUUUGUCACCUGCAUGAUCAGUCAGUACCACUGCUGAGGUAUCCUGGAGUCAUUUUCUUUUACAAUAGGAAGAUAUGGAGACAUGUUAGAUCCUGUGUAAACUGACAGUGAAACCAGUGAGUCACUGCAUGCUGCUCAGAAUUAAGGAUACCGUUUUAAGGCAGUUUCAGUUUGUUUUCCUUUGUGCACAUCGGACCACAAUACUAGACUAAACUUGUGUUUUAUUCUUUGUCACAUCAGAUCUUCAUUUGCACCAUCCUGUUUCCUUUUCUAUUCAGUAUGGAUGUCCAAAUAGGUUCAGUUUUGAAUAGAUUUUGUUCCCCGUCCUACUCCAGGUGUUCCAGGUACCUGACCUCGGCUUGAUGGCAGCUAUGGCUCAUCGGUCGCCAACCUCAGGCUCUGCUUUGUAUUUGUGGAGCCACACUGGUUUCCAGCUCUACCAGAAUAUCAGCACAUAUGAAGCUCUGGCUUGGAGACAGUUCAGCAUUGGAAAAAAGGUACAACAGAAACUAACAUAAUGAUAUGACUUGGUCUUAACAGUUUGAAGUGCUAACAUCGCCAUUGUUUUGUCACCUAGAUAUACCUGGUGGUGUCCAACUCUGGAGAGGGGACAGACAAACACAACAAAAAGUCAGAGACAGAUUUCUCUGUGAUUUACAAAUGGAGCAGAAGAAGAAAAAAGUUUGUGCAGUUUCAGACUCUCAAGACCCACUGUGCACGUGACUGGGAAGCCUUUAACAUUAAUCAACAAACGUAUCUCGCUGUGGCCAAUCAUAGAAAAGGUAACAACAAAAAAAACAUCGAGUGAAUGACUGCUGAUCAACAUCACAAAGUCCUGGCUUGAGAUCUGUCAUUUUAAACGACUCUGUUUGUUUGCUUUGUCGGGUUUGUCUCCCAGGUGAAAAUAAUCACACCAUAGACAGUGUGAUUUACAAAUGGAACAAGCUGACAAAGUCCUUCGACGUCCAUCAGACGCUGCCGACCUCAGGGGCGUACGACUGGGAGUAUUUCUCAGUGGGACCGUACCACUUCCUGGUGGUGGCAAAUGCCUUCGAUGGAGUGACCACAUCUGUGGACUCGGUCAUCUACAUUUGGGUCAACGAAAGCUUUCAGGUGUUCCAGACAAUAAAGGUACAUGUUGAACACAUCAAGAACAUUUAACUGUAAAGGGAAUGUCAUGUCACAUGAGUUAAAAAACAUACUCACCUGAACACAAGGUAAAUCUGUCAGACGUUUAAACAUGGAUGACUAAAUCUGGCCUGGAGCACUUACAUGUAACAUUUUCUGCAUACUUUCAUGCCAUUCAUGGGCUCACCAGCUAGGUUUUGAUUUCCUUUAAUGAGAUCUGUGUCUGUGCAGUGAGAAUGAAGAACCACUUGGCCUGCACAAACAGACGGAAGGUACAAACUCGAGAGAUAAAGGGGUAAUGAGAGAGAGAUAGGACAUCAGAAACAUUGAAGGUAGUGCCAAAAAUAGAGGUCGUGGUUUGGCGAGAUCAACUUGAGCGAUAGCAGUGCUCUGACACGUAACCGAUAGUGAAUCGUAUAUUUGAAUGUAGACACAUUUCAGGCAGGAGUGUUGACACAUUGAUAGUCACAUGAGAAACCAUAAGGAGAUGAUUUAGGGGAACUCCACAGCUGGAUGUGAGCAUCUUUACAGCACCUUGGGGCAGUUGGGAAUUAAUCAUAUAAGUUCAGUCAGAAACGAGUGAAGAUACAUAAGCCAGACUUUCUGUUGGCAAGAAAACCUCUUCGGCUUUUUAAUUUACAUUCAAAAGCAGGGAAUGGUUCAGGAAAUCAUUAUAUCCUAAACCUCACAGAACUAUAUAGAGUCUGUUAUCCUACAAAAAAACAAACAAACAGAAGAAUGAUAAACAGAAUAUACAAAGUACCACAAGUAAGUACUUAUCAAGAUGCAAACUAGUGAUGAGGAAUUAUGGAAGCUGCAUUUUAAUGUUUACUGUUGUGGUUCAACGUGGAUUUAGAAUCUACAACAGCAUUUAAUACACUUUCUACAGGGAAAUGACUAGCAGGUUCAAACGUAGGGAUCAAGCAGGGGUGUGUCCAGACUUUUAUGACUCGGGGGCUCACAUGGGGCCCUGACUUAUGUAGGGGUGUAAGUAUCUGUGCCCCCAGGCAAAAAUGAAAAAAGGAUUUAUUGUCUGUAUCUACCCUUAAAUGCAAAAAAAAGCCAAUGGGAGUCUGUUGCAAAACAGCCCAAAGGACUGUUUUUUAGGGCACAUAAUUGGCCUAGUUGUUAAGUCACACACCCUAUAUCACAGAGCAGAGGCUACAGUCUGCAGGCUGGCAACCUGGAUUUCAUUCCAACCUUUUCCACAUGUCACUAUCUACUCGCUCAUUCUUUACACUGUCCUUUACUCUCUGAAUAAAUGUUUACAAAAACCAAAAGUGCAUUAAAAAAAGGCACGAGUUGCACCUAUGAUGGGACUAAGAAUCAGUCGGUUUAGGAUUUUAGGGUGGCAUCAAUAGUGGCCUGUCACAUUUCUGCGCAUUAACUUAUUAAAGCUUCAGUGAGGAAUUUUGAGUUUGUACCAGUUGUCUCUGAGGACAAAACAGUUUUUAUUGUUUGUCCUCAUCCUGAUGACUUUUGACGAUCAAGUGUAUCAUUUAUUAUGACUACUUUAUCUAGAAAGUGUAAAAACAGGGAUGUUUCUGUAGCUGUUCGCUGACACCUGCUCCCUUAUGAUAUUUUCUACAGGUUAUAAGACCAAAAAACUUGCAUAGUUUUUAGGUUUUGCAAUGCAGAAGAGACACAGAGCUAAUUUAAUUUGUUAUGUCAUCGCUGACUAAGCUACAGAGACGUAAAAGAAAUAAUUUUGAAUACAGUUUUUUCUGAUUAGCAUAAGUUUAUCCAUCCAUUAUCUAUACUGCAACGUAAAUACAAUAAUUUAGCUUGAUGAAUGUGAAGUAGAGGUUCUGUAAAAAUGUAUUUAAGUGCAAAACUGCAACACGCCGUAAGACUGGUUUCUCUCUUUGUAGACGUUCUGCGCCACAGACUGGGAAAUGUUCCAGAUUGGCAGUCGAGUCUUCUUGGUUGUUGCAAAUGGACACAGACUCCAUGGAAACGGCCCGAGUCAGUACGCCAUCAACUCCACAAUCUACGAGCUGGAUAUGAGUGGACAGGUGUUUGUCCGCUUCCAGGAUAUUAUCACCUACAGGUACGGAUGUGCAUAAUAACCCCAUAGUUCAUACCGGGUGCAUGUUUACACGCUGAGAUUAUGAGAAUGCUUCCCUCAACUGUCAUGGUCAUCACCACAUACAUUUUUUUGUCAAUGCAGUGCAGUGGACUGGGAGUUCUUUAGCCUGGGGGAGGAAUAUUUUCUUGUUGUCGCUAAUUCCUUCAACGGAGAAUCCUACUCUCUCAACAGCAUCCUGUACAGGUAAUCAUUCAUCCUGAUUGAGAAGUUAAAGCAGACAGAUGUACAUGUGCACUGUUGUAAUAAAGAUUUAUUUGUCGGUGAAAGCAUACCAGCUCUUACAGGUGUGGAUAAACUAGGAAACAUGGAGCUCACAGCUUAUUUUAGAGCCUGCAUUGAGCAGAUGUAAAAAAAAAAAUGGAUUUGGUUUCUCUUCCUGUUUUCAGGUGGCAGGGAUAUGAAGGCUUUGUACCUGUUCAUUGGCUUCCAACGAUUGGGUGCAGCGACUGGGAAUUUUUCAGCUCAAAGGGAGAAUCAUACCUGAUCUACUCCAGUGCCAAAGCUCCUCUCUCCAAAGUGUUCAAGCUAAAAACCUACUAG